CGGCGUCGCGCUGGUGAUGUAUUUUGUUGUGGACGGCCCCGGGUUCACCUGGUGAGCGUGGGGCUCCCGGCUUCUGCCGCCUGCUUCUGGAUAUAUGAAAAGUGCUGGCUUUCCGCAUAAAAUGACUGACCCAGACGUCCUUACAGAAGUUCCAGCAUCUUUGAAAAGACUUGCUAAAUAUGUGGUACGGGGCUUUUAUGGCAUUGAACAUGCUCUGGCCUUAGACAUCCUGAUCCGAAAUCCCUGUGUGAAGGAAGAAGACAUGUUGGAACUGCUGAAGUUUGAUCGAAAACAACUCCGAUCAGUUCUGAACAACUUGAAGGGUGACAAGUUCAUUAAGUGCAGAAUGAGAGUAGAGACUGCUGCAGAUGGCAAGACUACUCGCCAUAAUUACUACUUUAUAAAUUACCGUCUUUUGGUUAACGUGGUAAAAUAUAAGCUAGACCACAUGAGAAGGAGGAUUGAAACUGAUGAAAGAGAUUCCACUAAUCGGGCUUCUUUCAAAUGUCCCACUUGCUAUAGUACUUUUACAGACUUAGAAGCCAAUCAGCUCUUUGAUCUUGGGACAGGAAUUUUCCGUUGUACCUUUUGUGAAGCAGAAGUGGAGGAGGAUGAGUCAGCAAUGCCCAAAAAAGAUGCUCGAACAGUUGUGGCAAGGUUUAACGAACAAAUCGAGCCCAUUUAUGCCCUGCUACGAGAGACUGAGGAUGUUAACCUGGCCUAUGAAAUCCUUGAGCCAGAACCCACGGAAAUCCCAGCCUUAAAACAAAGCAAGGAACGUGCUGCUGCUGCUGCUGGAGCUGCUGGCCUUGCAGGUGGACAUCACCGGGAAGCAUGGUCGACCAAGGGUCCGUCCUAUGAGGAUUUGUACACUCAGAAUGUAGUCAUCAGCAUGGAAGACCAAGAUGAUCUUCAUCGGGCAGCAGCUGAAGGGAAACCCAACAAAGAGAGGCCUAUUUGGUUGAGAGAAAGCACAGUCCAGGGAGCCUAUGACUCUGAAGAAAUGAAAGAAGGUGGAUUAGACAUAGAUGCUUUUCAGGAACGGGAAGAAGGCAGGACAGCCCUGGACGAUAAUGAGGAGGUCAUGCGGGCCCUCCUCAUUCAUGAGAAGAAGACGCCUUCAGCGGCAGUUGGUUCAGUUGGGGCAGCUGCUCCUAUAACUACUGCAAAUGGCAGUGACUCAGAGAGUGAGACAAGUGAAUCAGAAGAAGACUCUCCACCACGUCCAUCUGCGGCUGUCUCAAUGUACCAAGAGGAUGAGGAAGAGGAGGAGGAGUUUGAGGAGGUGGCAGAUGAUCCAGUUGUCAUGGUAGCUGGACGUUCAUUCUCUUAUAGCGAAGUGAGCCAACAACCUGAGUUAGUGGCACAAAUGACUCCAGAAGAGAAAGAUAUCUAUAUUGCAAUGGGACAACGUAUGUUUGAGGACCUAUUUGCAUGAAGCUUCUCCUGUGUCUUCCAUGUUGGCCAGAUCAGAGAAUGUAUUUUUCAAAAUAAUUCCCAAUAUUUAGUCUAAAGAAAAUAUUCAUCUCACAAAUCAGGUCAAGGGUAGGAAUUUGAUUUUUAGUGUGCCAAAACAGAAAAAAGGAGGAUGGAAGGGAAGAUGAUAGAGUGAAUUUUAUACAAACUGAGAAAAUUCAUUCAUCUGUCACCACAGUAUCAGUAUUUUUCCUUUUUUUUUUUUUUUUUUUUUUUUUUUUUUUUUUUUUUUUUUUUUUUUUUGCAUUAUUUCUUAACUUGCUCAUAUCUCUGAUACCAGUAUGGAUUUUGGUUUUCACAGACUUGUUUGUCAAAAAGAUAUUAUGCAGCAAUUAGUUCUGAUAUGUAGCAUGGCAUUGUUUCUUAAUGCAGAGUUUUAAACUUAUAAAAAUAUGUAAAAUAUAUAUAUAUACGCAUAUGUGUAUAUAAAUAUAAACUUUCCUAUAGGUGCCUAUAAGAGUAGUAACUUUUGUAACACUUUCUCUUACAGUUUUUAAAAAUAUCAUUUUACAGGCCUUUGUGGACAGUAAAGAUUGUGUUUCAGAAUUUGACCCUAUCAAAAAUGAUGUUUCAUUUACAUAGAUGAAUGUUAGAAUUGAAAAACUAUUUUCAAAAUAUUUUAUACCAAUUAAAAUUUGUUAUUGCUAGUAAUGUAACACCCAGGGGCAAGGGUUCAAACUGGUAUUUUAUCUCCUUUAAAAAUAAAGUUUUCUUUAAAAAAUG